AUGUCCCUCGUACCGCCUUUCACUCAAGAAACCGCCCAUGCCAAGGUCAAAAAGGCUCAAGACCUUUGGAAUGGCCAGAAUCCCAAGGUAAUCGCACAAGCCUACACACCUAACAGUAUCUGGCGCAACCGAUCGUCCUUCCUUUCCGGUACGGCGGAGAUUGAGAAUCUUCUCACCAAGAAGUGGGAGAAAGAGAAGAGUUAUCGGCUGCGCAAAGAGCUAUUUGCCUUUACUGAUAACAAAAUCGCCGUGCAAUUCUGGUAUGAGUUCCAGGACGCCUACGAUGGUAUGAAGUGGAAGCGGUGCUAUGGUCUUGAGGACUGGACGUUCGCCGAAGACGGGAAGAUGCGUAAGCGGCAGAUGAGCGGCAACGAUAUUGAGACUGAUGAAACCGAAAGAUGGUUCAAGGACGAUGUGGACGUGAACGCAGUUGAGAUUAGUGAGUCUCAUUGGUAA